AUGAAGAGCGCGGAGAAUAGUGCGAGAGACGAUGAUGCACGCGAUGUGUUCGACGACAUGGGUGAGCGCAUGAAGCUGAUUAAGCUUUUGGUGGACUCCAAGAUCUACUUCCACAAGGACGUCGCGCUUGAGUACAUGGAGAUUAAGCGCUUGAUCAGCGACCUCGCCGAGGAGAAGAAGAAGGUGGAGCGGGAGCGCCACGGGGGCGUCGCCUUGGCGCGCCUGGAGGUUCUGACAGCAGCGGCGACAGGGGAGCUCGGGGCGGCGAGGGAGAACCUGGCGGACGCAAGGGAGAAGCUUGCACAAAGGAACCAACAGCUAGAUGAAAAAGAAGAGGAGCUCGCGACGGCGAGGCAGCAGCUUGCACAAAGGAAUCACGAGUUGGAUGAGAAGAACAAGGAGCUCAAGGCUUCGAGGCUGAAGCUUCAGGAGAUGGAAACCAGGAACUAUCAGGCUGAACAGCUGGAUGGCAAUGCAGCUGAUCCUGGUCCCAGCCAAGUUCAGACCACCAGGCGGCAGACAAGAUCCAUGCAGCAGAAGAAACGGAAGUUCAGUGGCCAUUGCACAAGCAAGGAUGAUAACUUGGAGGUGCUGAGAGAAAAACUUAUCAAGGGAUUCAUGGAACUUGCGGGUCCACGUAACCUUGGGGUGAAAGAAAUUGGGAAAUUAAAUGAGAAGCCAUUCCAAGCUGCUUGCGCUGCAAAGCUGCCUCCUAAAGAAGCUGAAGUGGCAGCCUCUAAAUUGUACUCCACAUGGGAGAAACUGCUCGAUGACCCAAGCUGGAAGCCCUCCAUGAUAGGUGCAGUUGGCAGCGAUUAUCAGAGGAGGGAAUGGGGGGAAGGCCCCUACAAGUCUGUUGUUGAUACACUGGUGGAGAGGAAAGAGUAUGACUUUGAUGGGACAUUAGCCUGUGAUCUUUGGAACUACAAGGAAGGGAGGAAGGCUACUCUUGGAGAAUGCAUUGACUACCUUCUUGAUCAAGUGAAACAACCCACCAUCAUCCGCCGUCGCAAGUCUCGCAGGAUGAAUGGCAGUUCGUGUGCUGCUGCUUAUUAA